AUGUGCGGGCGGCCCGUACAGCUAGCCGUGGGCGGCCUACAACGGCGAUUGCGGCCCCUCUUAAAUAUGCCAGUGGGGGGGCGGUCGCCGGCGCGCGCUGAGGCGUCACGCGGAUGGGGCGGGCACCACCGGGAGCAGUACGGGGGAUGGGCGGUGAUAGAGUACCUAGUAUCAAUUAGGAUUUUGGUGGAGAUAGGUAGGUAG